UCUGACAUAUAUUUUAGUGCAAAACAAAUGUUCCUGUAUGUGCUUUCUUCCAUGUUAAUUACUGAUAACUUUAAAGACGGCAUUUAUAAAAUAAACCGCAUUUGAGAAGUUAACUUCCGUUAUAUGACGUCACGAGUGAAAUUCCCCCGCUACACCGACAACAAAGAUGGCGGCCAGACCCGGCUUUCAGAGCCCCAUGCAGCCUCCACAGCCAAGGUUUAACCCGCAGGGACCACCGAUGAGACCAUUUCAUCCUCAGGCUUACCCACAGGGAGGCUCCAUGCGCCCAGGAUACCCCAGUCCAGGCCCAGGGGGGACCCCCAUGGGUCAGAUGCCAGGGACCCCAGGGAGAAUGCACAUGAUGCCCUCGUCACAUCAUACCCCCAGUGGAGUACCUCACCCCUAUACAGGAAGUGGCAGCCCCAGUACUAAGGGCUCAACCUCCAAGUCCAAGGACACUGGUCCCAAGUCUAAACAGGAGUCUUCAGGUGGCAAGUCGAAAGAAACCUCCAGAUCCAAAGAGCAAAAAUCGAAAGAGCCCAAAGACUCCACCAUGCACCGUUCUGGGAUGACGCCAGCCAUGCAGGCGGCCAUUGAUAGGAGGCGCCAGCUGCAGCAGGACUCGCGGACAAUACAGAUGAGCAAAAAUAAAAAGAAGAAGAAGAUGGCAGACAAGAUCCUGUCCCAGCGUGUACGGGAUCUUGUCCCAGAGUCCCAAGCAUACAUGGACCUGUUGGCGUUUGAGCGAAAGUUGGACUCCACCAUCAUGAGAAAGAGGCUGGAUAUACAAGAGGCACUGAAAAGACCAAUGAAGCAAAAGCGGAAGCUGCGUAUCUUCAUCUCCAACACGUUCUACCCAUCUAAAGUUGAGGAGGAGGGGGAGGAGACGAUACCUUCCUGGGAGCUUAGGAUAGAGGGACGGCUACUGGAGGAUUGGCAUAGGACUCCCACCACUAAUGAGACUGAUGGUUUCCAAGUGAAGAGGACUGGAGACAAAAAUGUCAAGUGUACGGUGCUCCUAAUGCUGGAUUACCAGCCCAUGCAGUUUAAGUUAGACCCCAGACUAGCUAGACUAUUGGGUGUCCACACACAGACAAGACCAGUUAUUAUCAAUGCUCUGUGGCAGUAUAUUAAGACACACAAACUGCAGGACAAACAUGAGAGAGAGUACAUUAACUGUGACAAAUAUCUGCACCAGAUCUUUCAGUGUCAGAGGAUGAAGUUUUCAGAGAUACCCCAGAGACUGCACGCCCUGCUCAUGCCUCCUGACCCCAUUGUUAUCAACCAUGUGAUUCUCCUCCACUCCCCAGCUUCAGGCAGUACCAAAGUGGAAGGUCCUGAUGCUGCCAAGAAAACAGCUUGUUAUGAUAUUGAUGUGGAGGUGGAUGACACCCUGAAGGAACAGAUGCAGUCCUUCCUGCUCUCCUCUCAGAGUCAACAAGAAAUACAACAACUCAAUGAUAAGAUCCAUGAGACUGUAGAAACCAUCAACCAGCUGAAGACCAACAGAGAGUUUCUUCUCAGCUUUGCCAAGGAUCCACAGGAGUUUAUAAACAACUGGCUGGUCUCUCAGACCCGAGAUCUCAAGACAAUGACAGAUGUGGCAGGUAACCCUGAGGAGGAGAGACACACCAACUACUACUACCAGCCCUGGGCACAGGAGGCUGUCUGUAGAUACUUCUAUGGCAAGGUACAGCAAAGAAGAAUAGAACUUGAGCAAGCUUUAAGUAUCAGAAACACCUAACACACAGAAAGCACUUGUUCAUUGAUUGUUUCCUGUUGAAGUUGUUCUAUCCAAUAUCUAUGACAGAUAGAACUCUUCAGGCAAGGCCUAUAUUGUAUCUACUGAUCUGGAUACUUGGAUAUAUUGACAUGGAUACAUGGAUAUCCUAACUUGGAUACAUGGAUAAAUUGACAUGGAUAGAUGGAUAUCCUCACCUGGAUAGAUGGAUAUCCUGACAUGGAUAUAUAAUGGCUUGGAUACAUGGAUACAUUGACUUGGAUAUAUGGAUAUCCUAACCUGGAUACAUGGAUAUCCUGACCUGGAAACA